UGUCAGCUUCAGGUCAAGGAAUGUAAAGUUACAUCAUCGCAUGAUCUUUGUCCAUAAGGAAGCCCCUAUAUGGCUGUCACUCAUUUUUUCUUGGCUCUUCACUCUACAUAUCCUGGCUCUGGACACACAAGCCCACCAUGCUCUGCUGCUCCUGCCUCUGCGCGGGCCGCCCCUUCCCCGUGGGCUGUCAUGGCUGUUCCCUGCGCCACAGGCCACUCGACUCUGCCCCACAGGCCCCCCUCGUGGUACCCGAGCUUGGCCACCUGGGCCUUUCCUCCCCUUUGGCCACUUGUCAGGGAUUUGCUGUCUCGCCACUGAUGGCCACAGGGCGGCGCCCUCCCCCGUUAUUUUUCACAUGGUCCUCACCGCCCUUUAUUCCCUGAAACACACCGCUGCAUCUUAUUCACGGUCCAGUCCGUACAUUAUUCCGCGCUCAGCCGCGCCACCUUGUUCCUCUUCCCGCUUCCCGCCUUACUCUCCACCUUUCUCACCCCUCCUGGCGCUUUACCUUACCCACCCCACUGCCAUCAUCAUUCUGAGUUUCCCCCAACUUAUCCCUCUGGGUCACAAGGCGGCGCCACCCGCGCCUUCACUACGCCGCGGGGAGGACAUAUCUGUGCAGCAGUUCCUGCUCACCAACUUGGUAGAGGUGAAUGGGCGCUUUGUGUGGAGGGUGAACUUGGAUGCCUUGACCCAGCACAUGGACAAGAUCAUGGCCUUCCCACCACAACAGGAAUCCUACCCUGGGCCAACCCUCUUCCUCCUAGGCGGAAAUUCUCAAUUUGUGCGUGCCUGCCACCACCCUGAGAUUAGGCGGCUCUUCCCUUGGGCCCAGAUGCAGACAGUGCCUGACGCUGGCCACUGGAUCCAUGCUGACCGCCCGCAGGACUUCAUGGCUGCCAUCCGAGGCUUCCAGGCCUGAGUUGCUGGCAAGAAGGGGGUCCAGAACCCCAGGCUUCAAGGCUCUGUGGCCUGCUCCACAAUUCUGCACAGAAGCACUCAGGCAGGCACUGAGAGGGCACAAGGCUGCAGAGGUUGUCACACCUCCUGCUUUAAUGAAUAAAGACACUGCU